AUGGACGUGAGGGACUUUGUACAGAGGCCUGAGGCUGCCCACAGAACGCCAGUGUCUUCGACUUCGCCUGCAAACAACAGCCAGGGCUCGCUGGCCACCACUACAGACGAGAAUGGUAGCAAUGAAGGGAGUUCACGAACCCACACCAACGACGAGAAGAAGGACCACUCAGCAUCGUUCCCGGCUGGCGACGAGAAGGCAUUGGAGCAUGUCGACACUCGCCUAACAACAUACGACCAAGCCAACGAUGGACGUCUCUACCACGAUGGAGUGCUUGUUCGCCAGCCAGCACCGUCGAUGGACCCUCGAGAUCCACUGAACCUCCCUUUGACGAGGAAGUUGAUCGCGGCUUUCUUCUUGUGCUUCUUCGGCGCCCUGGCAGCUUCUGCUGAGUUGAUCCUUGGCGCCAUGUUGCCCGUAUUUGCGCUUCAAUAUGCCAACAUCAAUCCCAAGUAUCUCCUCGAGUGGACGACUUCGUUGCAUGGUCUUCCUGCGGGCAGUGAUCCAUUGAAGACUCUGGAGGAGCUGCCAAACGCACCUCCGAUCUGGCAUGUGUAUCUUCUGGCAUCUCUUCCAGUCUUGAUGAUGGGCGUUGCCAAUCUGAUCCUGAUCCCAUUGGCUAUCUCAAUUGGACGAAGACCUGUUGUGAUUCUGUCCGGUCUCAUUGCCAUCGGUGGAGCGUUGUGGGCAGGCCACAGCGGUUCGCUAGGAUCCCACAUUGGUGCGAGGGCUGUUCAGGCUAUCGGCGCCGGCACAGUUGAGUCCCUAAUUCCGUUCAUCAUCCAGGACAUGGUCUUCGUCCACCAGCGAAACACUUGGAUCUCUGGCAUCUUCGCCGCCCAAGGUAUCAUCAUCAUCGCGCUGGGUAUCUCGGCGCCAUACAUCAUCAUCUAUCUCAACUGGCGAUGGGUCUAUUACAUGACUGCCGCUGCGGCCGGAUUCUUCCUCCUCGGCGUCAUUGCAUUCAUGCCAGAGACCAGAUGGCACCGUACUCGUGCUGAGAUGAACGGCGUUCCAGUCAUCAACCCAGCAGCAUCGCAAGAAAAGCGUAGCUUCAAGUACGACAUCGCUCUGACCCAUGGCAAGACGGAGUGGCGAAAGGGCUGGAAUGCCUUCAUCGACACCUUGAGGACUUUCUUCUACCCUCAAAUAUUCUUCAUCACCAUGUUGAACAGUGCCAUGAUUGCCUGUGCGUUUGCUGCUGGAUACACAGUGGCGCCGGCCUUGUUGACCCAGCCGUGGUCGUGGCCAUUCCUCCACGUCGGCCUCUGCCUGAUCCCACUACUCAUAGCUGCUGUCGCUACCGGAAUCGUUACUGGCUACUUCGCCGACUGGACAGCCAACCUUGUCGCCAAGAAGAGAGGCAAGCGAGUUCCAGAGAACCAACUGCUUAACCUUGCCCUCCCAACCGUCUGUGCGUUAGUCGGCUCCGUUAUAUUCGGCAUCGCAGGAGAGCAUCCAGCAGACUACAGCGCAUAUCUGUUCUUGUUCGCACUGGGUCUCAUGGCCUUCGGCUUCCUCGGAGCCAACACCAUCGGAGCUGUAUACGUCCUAGAGUGCUACCCGCACCUUGCCGGCCCGGCUUUGGUCAACAUCGCCAGCUUCAGGUGUUUGAUUGCUUUCGUGUUGAGCUUCAAGGUAUCGGAGUGGGUCGCCAACUUGGGUUAUGAAACCAGUAUGUUGAUUUAUACGGGCAUCAUCGCCGGCUUUGCGCUGUUCACCCCCGUAGUGUGGUUUUACGGAGAGUCUUGGAGGAAGAGGUGGCCGGCUGAGAGGCUUGGUGACCAUUGA